UAUCUCAGCGAUGAUCCGACGCCAAUAGACUAAUCUCGCGGUUUAACAAAGCCAGUCAAAGUAUUUUGACACCGGCUGUGCAGCAUGACUGACGCAAAUGGAAUGUUUUUGGAAAAGUGUUUCUUCUCGCUGCAAUUACCAAAAGAACCGGCUGUGGGUGAUGAAAUCGUGCUGAAGGGAGUUCUAAAAGACGAUGCCAAAAGGUGCUCGGUAAAUCUCUGCUUGGCUCGUACGGAAGGAAAUCAUCCACAGGCCGAACCGGAACGUAUUGCUUAUCACCUUGGAUGGCGCUUUUACGAGAAUGGCUGUGAAGUCUUGCAGUGUAGUAAAAAUUCCAUAUGGAGUGAUACUCAAUUUGGCUCGGAUGAUUGGAUCAGUGGACGGAACAUCAGUAUUAUCAUUCGGUUUCAUACGGAUACAGUGAAAGUUUUUAUCGACCAUACUCAACAACCACCGGAAUACGAAUACGAACAUCAGUUUCCGAUUGAGGAAGUACAUUCUUUCGAGCUGUGGGAUGACUUCGACCGAGUGGACGAGGUUACUUUAAAAUACAGCAAUCGUUGUGCAAAUGGAUACUAUGAAUAAGUUACUUGCUUCUGUUUGCUGCUUCUGAUUCUUGGAGUGCUAGAAUCAUGUAGUUCAACUAAGAUUCACGUUUGAUUGAAUUCAAACAUUGAUUAUAAGAACUGAAUAUAUUUCAUGCAACAAUUUAGUAACAAACAUUAUUUCCUUAAAAAUGUGAGAAGAGGCCACAUACUCUAUUACACAUUGAGUCAAUUUCUUGUUACUGAUUGAUCCCAAGCCCUCAAUAAAGAGCCAAUUCAACAUGUAA